UCGAUCGAGCGAGGCCGACGCCGGCCAUGAGCGACCAGUCCCAGCCCGUCCGCACCGGCGACGUCUACCCGCCCUCCGCCGCCGCCCACGACGCGCGCCGCCAGCGCGACGAGGUCCUCGCCACCCAUGAUGAUCAGCAGCAGAAACAAGAUGGCCGACGCGGCGAUCUCCGGGUCACUGAGACCGACGAACCGCACGCCGGGAGACGCGUCGUCACCGCCACCGCAGGCGGCCAGGUGAUGGCGCAGUUCACGGUGCCGGUGCCGGGCGCCGGGGUGGAGGAGGCGACGGACGCGGUGACCAUCGGCGAAGCUCUGCAGGCCGCGGCGCAGACGUCGGCGGGCGAGAGGCCGGUGGACCUCGCGGACGCGGCUGCGGUGCAGGCCGCCGAGACGCGUGCGACGGGGCUGGGCGGCCUCAUCCCCGGCGGUGUGGCGGCCGCGGCGCAGCAGGCCGCGGAGACCAACAUGAGGCCC